AUGGCCGAUUCUGCUGUGUCUACAGAAACAAUUCCGAAACGUGCAGAGAUGACACCUAUAAAUGUUGAAAAGACUUCUGGUGAUACUCCAUCUGACGAUAAUGUUAUCUUGAGAAAGAGAAUUCUGCCGGGACCUGAUGAAGAUCUUUCUACAUAUGUAACACUUCCCCCUUGCUCUCAUUUGGAAAAGGUUUUGGCCUCACCGGCAUCUGAGGUGGUAUUGAGGACUUAUAGUACAGCUAUUAAAAUAUGCAUCAUGGAACCACCAGAACCACCUGCCCGAAAGAAGCAUCGUAUGAACUACAAAGGGGAGAAUGGCACACAUGAUGAGUUGCAUUCUGAGUCGGGAUUUUCUACAGAUUAUUAUUACUAUAAAAAUGGAAAGCCGGCAAGCCAAAGAGCCCUCUACAGAAUUCGUACAAAGAUUUUGAGAUGUAAGAAUUGCCAUACAGAUUCAUCUCUUUACAUGUGUCUUCAGUGUCCCAAUAUUGGCUGUCUCAAAGAUGGACAUGCUUAUGAUCAUGCUUCGAGUAGCGGACAUUUGUUUGGUAAGUAUUCUACUAGUAGAAUUGGUGUGAACGAUCAUCCGUAA